AUGGCGACCAUGCCAGUGCGCAUCCCUGCGAGCGCAUUCACUUCUCCCCGGAGGAGAAAACUCUCCCUCAAAGGCUACAAUGCCAUGCCACCUUUGAAGACUCGCACGUGCCACAUAGACGACGCGUACGUGCCGCGUACUACCCCCAAUUCCAUCGCAAGCCUCCGAGAAUCAAUCGCGGCACUGGAUGCGAAAGUGGCUCUUCUCCAAUCCCAGCGCCGCGAGCUCGAGAUCAAGUUGGAACAAGCAGUUAGACUACAGUCACCCGUUCUUCGCCUUCCCAGCGAACUUUUAUCUUCCAUCUUCGUCAUCGGAGUUUUGGGUAUGGGUGACGAGAAUCCUGUCAUGGUGCCGACACUCAUGCUGGUGUGUCGGUACUGGGCGGAAGUGGCGUUGAAUACUCCAGUGUUGUGGGCAAAGAUCUCCGUGAGCCCACAUGAUUCUUUAGAGAAGGCAAGACGACGACUCGAGCGGUCGAAAUCAUGCCCCUUGGAUAUCACGGUGAAUUUCGGUCCUCGGAUUGAAUACACAGGCAGUGUUACAGAGCAAAUUGUUCGCGCCAUGGAUCUGUUCCGCCCAGUACUCUCGAGAACGAGAUCAUUCAAUCUCAGCGUACCUAACCGUCCACAAGCGCACGCAGCACUCCUGCGAUGUCAAGAGGAUGCUCCUUUGCUUGAAACGCUAACAAUUCAAAUUCACCACUCAAUGCAAGAAGAUCACUAUUCCACCCCUCCGUUCCCCCUCUUCAAUGGUCGGACUCCUCGCCUUGUUUCAUGCUCCCUCACCUCGUUCAAUUUCGGCUGGGAUCUCAGGCUUAUGUCUCGCCUACGCGUUUUAAAGCUCGGGGGUUACUUCAAUGCAUUCACGCCAUCCGCAAAAACGCUCAUCGAUAUCCUACGCCAAUGUCCAGAACUGGAAGAGCUUGCCCUGCGGAAUAUGUCUGAUGUGGAUUCGAGCCCCUGCUACUUUGACGACUCCGACCCCCCGCCAGGAACCAAAGUCAUUCACCUUCCUCGAUUGAAAAAAGCGUCGUUCUACUACGCCGGAAUUGCACUUACCAGACAGAUUAUGCUGCAAAUGUCCUUCCCAAAUCUUGAGUCUUUGGAGAUGUGCUACCUCGAAAAUGUGACACCAGUGCUCCAGAUCCUGUACACUCAGGCACUGACGCGGCUUCCGCUGCGGUUUAUCCGCAUUGAAUCCUGUUUGUUUAGCGAGCUGAAAUUUUUGAACCUCCUCCGGCAUCUCCCCUCGCUGGUCACCCUCGCGCUGGUGGAUGUGGAGGAUGUUUCUUCUCACUUCCUCAAGGGACUUUCCGCCUCUCAACCUUGGGUUUGCCCCCGUCUGGAGACGGUAUCUUUCGAUGGAUGCACGUCCCUUGACUGGGACUCCCUUCGUACAUUCGUCGAAGCCCGCCUCCCCGCUAAUCCCCAUGCCUAUGCGCGAUAUCACACUACCACUACGUCGAUCGUAUCGUCAGCUUCGGCCGCGGCAGCGCACCAUGCUCGCUCUAAAGGCCGCCAUCCCCCUCGUAUCAAUCAUCCUAGCGCCAUCAUGGGCCCACUUCGUCUCAAGGCCAUCGAUGUGACGAGGUGCAAUCAGAUUAGCAAAGACAUGAUACAGUGGUUACGAAUGUACGUGGCGGAAGUCAAGUGCGAAUCAGCAAAAGGCAUCUGGGGCGAACCAGCGAUGUCAUGA